AUGUCGAAUUUGUCAAAGCUUGAGUUUGUAGCACUUGAUAUUUCUGGAAAGAAUUACCUGUCAUGGGUUCUCGAUGCUGUGAUUCACUUAGCCGCUAAAGGCCUUGGUGACACCAUUACUCAGGCGAAAGAUCCAUUUGAAUUGUGGACUGGCCUGAAGGAAAGGUAUGAUCACCUUAAGGCUACAAUAUUGCUGAGGGCUCGAUAUGAGUGGAUGCACUUACAAUUGCAAGAUUUUAAGACCUCCGCGGUGAGGAGAUUCAGAGAGGUGCACAUUUUGGAACCUCAAGCACUGCGGCUGCAAAGCAUUUUGUGUGGACCGCAGUGGCCUCACCGCAACCGCAAUCAAGUUUGUGCGAUCCGCAAAGAUGGGGUUCAGAGAGUUGGGAUUUUAGAGGAAAUUUCCAAUGUGGUCCGUGGUCCUUUUUGUGGUGUAGGGUUGGCUCCAAUCAGGGAUGUUAUGAAUGAUGAGGAUUUGUUGGAAAAGACUCUUACGACUUUUCAUGCCUCAAAUAUGGUAUUACAACAGCAAUACCGUGAAAGAGGUUUUAAAAAGUAUUAUGAAUUGAUCUCAUGCCUUCUGGUGGUUGAGCAACAUAAUACCCUUUUGCUGAAAAAUCAUGAAGACCGUCCCACAGGGUCAGCUCCGCUUCCUGAAGUGAGUACGGCAGCUAGACGUGAUAUGUCUAGAAAAAGACAGAAUAAUAAUCAUGGCUAUAUGAAUGUACGUGGGCAUGCCAAUGGUAAGAGACGAUAUAAUAGUCGUCAUCGUGAUGAGUUGGGAAAGGGAGUUGCCGCAGAGUGCGAGCAUCUGCAGGAGAAAUUGAGGUCAAUGCAGUCGGAGAUGGAUUAG